GCACUAUCGAAAGAGUCACACCUCUAUACAAGACGCUGUGCAAAUUCCACCGCUUUUGCACUUAAACAGUUUUAAUUUGAAUUAUAGGAGUUUUCAAUUAGUAUUCACUCUGCAAUCUUGACAAAAUGCGUCCGCCAGAGUUUAAGCUUGUAAAUCCGCCGGAGGAUCUGAUCUCUGCCGUGAAAUUUGGCCCCAAAUCGAAUCAGUACAUGGCGGCAUCUUCCUGGGACGGAACAUUGCGGUUCUACGAUGUGGCGGCAAAUCAGAUGCGUCAGAAGUUCCUGCAGGAAGCCCCGAUUUUGGACUGUGCCUUUAUGGACAUCGUGCACGUUGUAAGUGGCUCGCUGGACAACCAACUCCGUCUUUUCGAUGUCAACACCCAAACGGAAAGUGUUGUUGGUGGUCACGAGGAGGCCAUUAGAUGUGUGGAGCACGCUGAGUACGUCAAUGGCAUCCUCACAGGCAGCUGGGACAAGAACGUAAAACUGUGGGACAUGCGGGAAAAACGAUGUGUGGGCACCUUUGAACAGAACAACGGCAAGGUUUACUCCAUGUCAGUGAUUGACGAGAAGAUCGUGGUGGCCACCUCCGACCGCAAAGUGCUCAUUUGGGAUCUGCGAAAAAUGGACAGUUACAUCAUGAAACGAGAGUCCUCGCUCAAGUACCAGACCCGCUGCAUCCGCCUGUUUCCCAACAAAGAGGGCUAUGUGAUGUCCUCGAUUGAGGGCCGAGUGGCCGUAGAGUAUCUGGAUCACGAUCCGGAGGUGCAGCGCCGAAAGUUCGCCUUCAAGUGCCACCGAAACAGGGAGCAGAACAUCGAACAAAUUUACCCUGUGAAUGCGCUGAGUUUCCACAACGUUUACCAAACCUUCGCAACUGGAGGAUCAGAUGGCAUUGUGAACAUUUGGGACGGAUUCAACAAGAAACGACUGUGCCAGUUCCAUGAGUAUGAUACCUCGAUCUCCACACUGAACUUUAGCUCCGAUGGAACCGCAUUGGCCAUCGGUUGCUCCUAUUUGGACCAACUGCCCGAGACUCCGGCAACCGUUCCCCAUCCGGCCAUCUAUAUUCGGUAUCCGACGGACCAGGAAACCAAGCAGAAAUAACGUGCCUCGAGAACUCUCUUUAUUACUUGUUUGUGGCGUUAAUAUACAAAUUCUUUCAAACUAAA